UGUCUGUCUGCACUGGAGCAUGGCAACUGGAGGCCUGGAGUAUCUGGGAAGGUUGGGUGCCUGUCUCCACUGCAUCCAGUCCUCCUUGAUCCUGGACAUUUUGCACACACACGCACACACACACACACACACACACACACACACACACACCCUACUCCCUCAAGAAACCAGGGUACCGAGGUCAAGGGGAGGGGUGUGUGUGUGGAAGGCCGGGGAAAGUGGGGCUGAAGGGUAGAAAUUUACCGGGAAAUGAUUGCAUUUGGGAGCUGUCUUUUUUUGUGAUGGUCCCCAUGGUGACAAUUUGUGACGGCAAAGAAUGUGGGACCGGGGCUCCGCCGCCUGAUUGGGAUGCUUUGUAUCUGGAGAGGCGCUCCUGAUUGGCCUGAGGGCCCCCCAGCUCCGGACUUGUCCUCCAUUCAGCCCACUCAAGGGCUGCACAACCGCUUCUCACCCUGCACGGAGCUCGCUGCACGCCAGCUCGCCGGGCUUGCCUGGGUCUACAGUGGGGAACCUGCCGGCCACGUUGGCGGGGGUCCCAGCCUGCACCUUCGGUCUGCCCCGUGCUCUUCUCGGAGCUACCAGCCCCCAGCAGAGCCCACACUCUUCAUGGAAAGCCCCGCACGGUUCCCGUGGUGAUGGCAGCUGACAGCGAUGUGAAGAUGCUGCUGAAUUUUGUGAACCUGGCGUCCAGUGACAUCAAGGCAGCCCUGGACAAGUCUGCGCCCUGCCGCCGCUCUGUGGACCAUCGCAAGUACCUGCAGAAGCAACUCAAGCGCUUCUCUCAGAAGUAUUCGAGGCUCCCUAGAGGCCUGCCUGGCAGGGUGACAGAGCCUCACCUGCAAAGGGGUCCUGAGGAGAGGCCUGGGCAGCUGCCUCUCCAUCCCUGUCCUGAAUCCAGCCCUGGCGGGGGUGGGGGCUGCAAGGAGAAGGUCCUGGGGACCCCCUUCAGGGAGGAGUGCCUUUCUAAGGAGCAGAGCUUCGGGGGGCUGAAUCCAGAGGCUGCUAGACCUGGCCAGCUGCCCAUGAGGAAGAGACAGCUGCCUGCUUCAUUUUGGGAGGAACCAAGGCCCACCCUCAGCUACCCAAUGGGGCUGGAGGUGGGCCUAGGCCCCAGGGAGACAUCUCUGUAUGAGAAUAAGAAAAAUUGCAAGGGUCUGGAGUCCCUGGGGCCUGAGACUGCUCCACUGCCCAUGUCCCCAAGGGUACUAGCUGACAUGGAGCCGCUCAAGAUGUCUGGGGUAUCCUUGGUAGGCAGCCUUGAUGCCUGGAGCUACUGCCCAUUCCAGUACCAUGGACAGCCCAUCUUCCCCAGCCUUCCAGGGGUCCUGCCUCAAGGCCCAGUACCCAGUCUGGGCUUGUGGAGGAAAAGUCCAGCCUCACCUGUGGAGCUGGCCCACUUCUGCAAGGAUGUGGACAGUCCAGGGCCCAAAGUGUACAGACCUGUGGUUCUGAAGCCUAUUCCCACUAAGCCGGCCAUGCCUCCUCCCAUCUUCAAUGUCUUCGGCUACCUCUAGCUGGACAGCCUCAGCCCCCCUUUUUGGCCUGCAGGAUGGGGUCUCUGAUAAGCUCUCCAUGUGAGAAGGGAGCUGGGCAGGGAUCUAGCCAAGCUGCCUCGGGGAGGGGCCUCCUCAGGCAGGCAUCUAUUUGACUCUUGCAGCCUAUGGGGCCAGGCACAGGAGCCCUUCCCCAGGGGACUCCUCUCCCUGUCCCUGUGGAGACCAUAGGCAGUGGGACCCUGGUCUGACAGCCACCCAUUACACACCUGUUCAGCUGCCAUCUGCUGGGGAUGGGAGGGGCAUUUCACUUGUUCUUUUUGUUCUUUGUAAAUAUUGAGAAAGUUAAAAAAAAAA